AUGGAUACAUGUACACCGGGUGACUCCAAGAUCGGGUACGCAUGCCAGCUCACUCCCGAGGCCUACCUCGCCAAGCCCCUCACACGAUCUUUCAAACAUCUAGUACGUUUGGGCAAACGCCAUGCAGCCACGGCAGCUAGCUGGGUCCGUCGUCACAUCGACCGUGUGUACGAUGAUUACAGCUCCGCACAUCUUGCCCGUGACGAGGACGGUGCGAAAUUCAACCCCGCCAUGCUCCAGUUCUUGCGACCAAUCAGACGCAUCAUGAACAUGGAAGAUCCAGACGCUCCAAAGCAAGCUUAUCUUGUCAUGACUUACCUUCAAGACCUAUGGUAUGAUGAGAUGGAUCAGUGGUGUAAUACCUUCCCUGAGAGCAACCACACCAUCAUCCAACCUUCCACUUCUUCACAAGAUGGGAUGUGA